GAAAGUAAAAUGGUAAUUUCCUCAUGAAACUGUGAUCUACACAAACGGUCUGAAGUUCUAUAUACAGUAAGGUUAAGUGUAAGGGGUCAUUUGUUUUCUAAUUCUGAGUACUGUUGAUCUUAAAGCUCACAGGACUCAUUUGAGAGUAGCGUCACUGCGGAAGAGUUUAGAUCUGUUGAGACUUCAUUAAGACCAUUCCUAUCAUACACAAUAACACAAGCCAAGUCCCACACAUGACAACCUCCUCUCACGUCUGAUCAGUGUGGAUUAAACUGCUGUUCGGUGGACGAUGGCUGUAGAUUACAGUGGAACUUGGAGACUUUAUGAACAGGAGAAUGCAGAAGAGUUUCUCAGAGCCAUGUCUGUUCCAGUUCUGUUCUUUAAAAUGAUAAAUGAAGUUAAACCUAUAACGACGAUUCAUCAUAAUGGAAAUGAAUUCACCAUCUGUGUGAAAUCUGCGGUCAGAAGUCACACAAACUCCUUCAUCAUCGGCACAGAGACUCUCUUCAACACCAUAGACAAAAAACAAAUCAAGGCAACAGCUCAACUGAUGGAUGGCAAGAUUGUGAUUGAGAUGGAAAAAUUCACACAUGUGAGAGAGAUUGAGGGAGAGGACAUGAUAGAGACAAUUACUUGUGGAAGUGCAAAACUCAUCCGGAGAAGCAGACGCAUUUAAUUUGACUGCUGUUUCCUACACCAUCCAACUGAAAUAAUACAUGAUUUUGUCUCGUGUAACCAUGUUUGGUACUGUUAAAUCAGUGCUUCACUAAGGCUUUCAGUUGAUCAGUGUUUGUGCAUUAAACACGUGUCCAAAUGUUUUCGUUUUACUUGAUGUCAUCAUUGUCUAACAAACGGAGCCCUUCUUCACACGUGGGUGAACGAACGUGGACAUAAAACAGUUCUCUUGUCUGUCUGCAGUACUGGAGUCUGUCUGUAGGGGCGCUGUCGUGCUUUGAGUGUUUGUGAUUCUGCAGUAGUGAGUAAAAGCGUCUGGGAUUAGCGCGUGUAGCGCGUGAGACUUUUAGCACGUUAAAGACCGAAAAGUGUCGUUUGCAAUCCUUAAAGGUCAAAUAUUCAUCAUGUCUCGAUACAUGAGGCCGCCCAACACGUCACUCUUCGUCCGAAAUAUUUCCGACGAGUCUCGACUGUGUAAAGGUGUCCAGUCGUGGAGCCCGGCACAAAGACAGAGUUAAGAGCCCGGUGUAGUGUAGGACUAAAGCCCAGCCAUCAGCGUCCAUGCGAGAAAGAAAGAUUGCUACUGACAGAAAGGCAAAAGUGCAUAAAGAAAUUUAAAGCCUGAAGAGA